AUGGCCUCAAUACACACCGACAGUGCCCCCGUUGGCAACCCCCAGGCAGCCGGCAUCAUCUACGUCCAAGGCGUGCCCACUCCAGAAACCCGACUGACCCUCGGCGGAGCCAUCUCCGUCUCUCCCAUGGCUAUCGGCACUUGGGCAUGGGGUGACCCUGUCUGGAAUUACAAGCCAGAGAUGUUUGAUGACAUUGCUGCGACGUGGGAUACGCUCCAGGCCGAACACUCAGGUAUCAACUUUUUCGACACAGCCGAGGUCUACGGCAAAGGUGAAUCGGAAAACAUCAUUGGUAGACUGCUCAAGAAGAACCGGCAGGAGGGAAAGCCCCUUCCUAUUAUCGCCACCAAGUUCAUUCCUUACCCUUGGAAAUGGAGCUACCCAAGCUCCCUCUUGGGCGCCCUCAAGGGAUCGAUCGAGAGACUCGGCGUCGAUGUCGUUGACCUGUACCAGAUCCAUGGCCCUAUCCACCUUCGCAGCAUCGAAGUCGUUGCCGAUGCUCUUGCCGAGGCUGUCAAGCUAGGACUUGUCAAGUCUGUUGGUGUCUCGAACUAUUCCAUCGACCAGAUGGUGCGCAUGCACGCCGCUUUGGCCAAACACGGCAUCCAAUUGGCCACGAACCAGGUCGAGUUCUCAUUGCUCCGUCGCUACCCUGAAACAUCAGGUAUGAUCGCCAAGUGCCACGAACUCGGCGUUGCCGUUCUGGCAUACUCGCCCUUGGGCAUGGGUCGACUCACUGGAAAGUACACCGCCGAGAACCCUCCUCCCUCGGGCCGCAGGUUCUCGAACUACCCUAUGACUGAGUUGACUCCCUUACUGGCUGUCAUCGAGAAGAUUGCCAAGGAGCAUGAUGUCCCAAUGAGUGCUGUCGCUCUCAACUACACCAUUGCCAAGGGCGCCAUUCCUCUGGGAGGAGCCAGAAACCCUGAUCAAGCUCGCCAGAACGUCAAGGCUUUCGGUUGGAGACUCUCGGACAAGGAGGUCGAGGAACUCGAUGGCGUUGCACUCAUCGGUGACAAGGGUAUGUUCUGGCAGCAUGGAUAA